CGCCACCACGGCAUACAUUUAAGUAAUGUAUUUUUUAGAGUUGGAUUGAACAUAUUUCAACGUACUUUAUGUUGCAUAACAAAAUGCCUUUGUUUUAUAAUAACGAGACUUUGAUUUGUUUAAUUCGGAUAUAAGCUAGUGUGGAACUAUUUAUGUAUAGCGGUAGGAUAUGUCGUACAGUAUAAGCCUAGUUUUUUUUUCUUUUUCUUUUUUUUCCCCUCUCUGUUGGAAGCCAUGAUGGAAGUUUUAGAGUUCAGCUAGAGAUGUUCGAGGAAAGGAGGAGAUAUACCGGACUAAUUUGUGGAAACAUAUUUUUAAAUUUCUGUUAUGGUCUUUUUACAUAAAUUAUUCGUUUUGAGGUGGAGGCUGUCAGAUUAUUUCUGUAUUUGGUAUUUUUACAACAGAGAAUGUUCGAUUAAAGGGCUUGGGUUUUUAAAGAUAUAGUGUAGCAAGCUAGCUAGCUGCCUAGCUAGCUAGCUAGCUACGUGUGUGUGUUCGAGUGUGUCGCGUAUGUGUGAGUGUCAAUUUUCUGGGUUAGAAGAGCAGGAGAGGGUUCUCUCCGCUUUAUCGACUUAAAAACGGCGGCUGCAGAAGAUUCAGAGACGUUGGUCGUUUUUAAUGCAUUGAGUUUCGGGAGGUGGAAAACUGUAUGCUUUUUAAUUUGGGGGAUUGCAAAUCAAAUUCCUGGAUCGGGGCAGCAGGGCCUGUUGAGGAGCAGACUGCGGCCCUCCUUUAUGAUCCAGCAGAAGCCAUUCUAAUCCAGCCCGAAUCGACAGCUACCUAGCUAGCUUGUUUCACCGAAGGAACCGGGAAAUCAACAGUACGAAAGGGGGACCGAGGCAUCUUAACAAGAGCAACAAUAACAUUGCGAUAUUCUGCUUUUAAAAACCUCAAAGACUACUGUCACGACAUGGCUGCGAUUAUAAAGGAAAUGGUCAGCCGAAACAAAAGGAGAUACCAGGAAGAUGGGUUCGAUUUGGACUUGACCUAUAUUUAUCCAAACAUCAUCGCCAUGGGCUUUCCUGCUGAAAGACUUGAGGGUGUCUACAGAAAUAACAUAGAUGACGUAGUUCGGUUUCUGGAUUCUAAACAUAAAAACCAUUACAAGAUAUAUAAUCUAUGUGCAGAAAGACACUAUGACACUGCCAAAUUUAGCUGCAGAGUUGCACAGUACCCCUUCGAAGACCACAACCCGCCCCAGCUAGAGCUGAUCAAACCCUUCUGCGAAGACCUGGACAAGUGGCUGAGCGAAGAUGACAAUCACGUGGCAGCGAUCCACUGCAAAGCGGGGAAGGGGCGCACGGGCGUGAUGAUCUGCGCCUACCUGCUUCACCGAAGGAAGUUCCUCGAAGCACAAGAAGCGCUGGACUUCUACGGUGAAGUGAGGACCAGAGAUAAGAAGGGCGUGACCAUUCCCAGUCAGAGGCGCUAUGUCCUGUACUACAGCUUCCUGCUGAAGAACCAGCUGGACUACAAACCGGUGGCACUGCUUUUCCACAAGAUGAUGUUCGAGACGGUGCCCAUGUUCAGCGGCGGAACGUGCAAUCCGCAGUUUGUGGUGUACCAGCUGAAGGUGAAGAUCCACACCUCCAACCCCAUGAACACCCGGCGCCAAGACAAGUACCUCUUCUUCGAGUUUCCACAGCCUCUGCCCGUGUGCGGAGACAUCAAAGUGGAGUUCUUUCACAAGCAAAACAAGAUGAUGAAAAAGGAUAAGAUGUUCCACUUCUGGGUGAACACCUUCUUCAUCCCGGGGCCCGAGGAGAACUUCGAGAAGAUGGAGAACGGGAGCUUGCUGAGGGAGAUGGAGAGCCUGCAGCCCUCUGAGCGAGCUGACGACAGAGAUUACCUCAUCCUGUCGCUCACCAAGAACGACCUGGACAAAGCAAACAAAGACAAAUCCAACAGAAACUUCUCUCCAAACUUCAAGGUUAAGCUGUUCUUCACCAAAACCGUGGAGGAGCUGUCCAACUCGGACGGCAGCCCUUCUGCGUUGGUCACCCCGGACGCUAGCGAUAACGAACCCGACCAUUACCGUUACUCGGACACCACUGACUCUGACCCCGAAAACGAGCCUUUCGACGAAGAGCAACACACACAGAUUACCAAGGUGUGAAUAUUUUUAUGGAAAAAAAAAAAAAACAAAAAAAAAAAACAUCAAUUGCACCAGAGGAAAACUAAAAACAAAAAAAGACAUGAGGACAAAACUUGAAUAUGAACUUAAAGAAAGACCACCUUCCCCCCCCCCCCCCCCAAAUGGCAAUAGAACAUUCGCAUCAUGUUUAAUGCCACCGCUGAUAGGAAGAGUUCUCCUGACCAAUUUUUCUUAGUUUUCCCCUGUACAUCCACACGGUGUUGACAGUGUUGCCCAGUGGAAAGAGGUUCCAUAGCUGUUAUGUAUAUACCUAUUUGUGUCAAAAAGACAAUGGAGAAAAAAAGUCAAGCAAUCAGGAGAUGGGAGACGCGGAGGGAGAGAGAGAGAAAUAUGAACACGCUGCUCCGUCUCCUGUAUGAAUCCAAGGCCAGUGCUUUUGUCAGUUCUUCUGUAGCCCUCCACCUGCUCCAAACCGGCCCUCCUCCACCAUCACCACCGCCCCUCUUACCCCCCUCCCUACUGUGAAUGCUUCUCGUGCCGUCAUGACGACCUGGCCGGCUGUGUCACGUGACCUGGCGUCUGCGGACUGGACUCUGAACGUCAGGGCCGCGCAGUCUGGUUUAUUAUGAAAUGACAUUGCGACAUCUAAGCAUUUGCCAUUCCUUCACUGUGUAUUAUGUUGGAAAUAUGCAGAAAACGGCGUCCUAUGUAAUUGUCAAUGUUUUUUUUUUAUUCAAAGAUAAUAAAAAAAUAUAACACACAAAUCAGCAGGGAAACGGUGUUGCAAUAAUGUUAACACUACAUUUAAGCCGCAAAGCAGUGUGCAUGUUAUUGGAGAUUUUAAUGUCCAUGUUUAAUAAAUGGUGCACAGUGUUUUUUCUAAAAGAGGAUUCUCCCGUCGUUUAAAACCCACGUUGUGUUUAGGGCAGACUUUUUACGAAUGACAUGACUCAUUUCAGUGAAUUGUGUGGAUGUAAAAUGUAUUUUCUACAUUAGGCAGUUUCUGACGGGGUUGCUCAUUGUGCAAUGCACAGACCCCCACCCCCCCUAUUCAUGAAGCUAGUAGUCAUCUGCAGGACUCGUCUGCCAAUAUUUCAUUUUUGAAGCACCAGUACAAUCACCCCUUAUGUUUUUUUAUUCUUAUUUUUAUUUUUUUGUGAAUACUACAGUGAACCGUCCCUAUUUACCUUGAGAAAUAUUUUUGUUUGAUUGUGCAGGACAAGUUUAUUUUGUAAACAUAACCUGACAGAGCAAGGUCAAACUAAAUGGUGAUCCAAAAGUGGUGCUUGCAAACGGCCAAGCCAUGUAUAUUUGCUGCUGCAUUACAUCACGUGGUAGCCAAUAAUCCUUGGCUCAUCUUGACUAUAUUGUGCAAUUUAGAGAAGUGCACUGUUUGUGAGAGUGACCGGCAAUGCAUAAGCCUGUGUCGUCUACUCUUCUCCCGCUGGUUCCCCUGACUAGCCCAGGCUUCAUAGUUCAUUCAAAGUGGUCUUAGGUCAUCCUGGAAGCAGUUGAGGUUUAAUCCCCCCCCCCCCCCCCCCCAGUGGUGUUUUGGGGGUGGGGUGUGGUUUGAAGGGGAGGGUAUGGUAAAGCACAGGAGGAUUAUAGGAGGAUACUUGCCUAUAGGAGGAUACUUGCCACUGCUCCUGCUUCUCCUGUGCUGACCUGUUACGGGUCAGUUCCAUUUCAAUUUGGGUAAAAACUUUGGAAAUUAACUACAAUAUUUUAAUUUGGGGAAAAAAAUGUCAUAAGCGAUUUUUAAAAAUUUUAAAAACUAUAGUUAAUUUCCUGGACUGACUGAAGUGGAAUGGGUUAGAUGAUUGACCUGGUGUGUAAGUGUAAGGGUGGCUGUGUGUGCCCUGGCUGUUGGCCUGGAGUUGCGCUCUUGGGCCCCAGUGCUGGGUCCUGCUCAUUGGUGCUCUCCUCUUAAAUCAGGUGGGAAGUGUGAGCUGGAAGUGGCUGUCAAUGGAGCGGACUCUCCAUUAAUCUCCUGUCCCGUGGUCCAAACCCACAAAAACUGUGUUUUAGGUGUGACUGUAAAUGACCCAUUUUAUUACAUUUUUUUGGUUUAUUUUUUUUCCCACAAUUGUUUUUAAGAAAGAAACAACGCUGAAACAGUUUGGCAAAAUGAAAAUGAUUUGGACCUUAUUUGUGAGUAUCUGUAAAGACAUCCUGCACGCAUCUGUAUCUGUCCCUUUCGCCCCUUGGCCCUUGGUUUGCUUGGUGCUUACUUUUAAUAUUUAGCAGCUCAAAUGACCCUCCCCUCCCUCCCCUUCUGAAAAAUGUUUGUAAGAUGGGGGUGUUGUGGAACCUUCUGGAGGCCCUUAACAGUGGCGCAGGUGAAAAAGACCGUCGGGCGGCGUCAGAGAGAAUUCUCCACUUUAGCGCUUCACAGCGGUGCCAGAGCACGAGUUCUCGCGCGGCUCGUAGCGGAUUUGUGCAAUAUGUACUCACAGCGCCCGUGGUUGCCACAAAGUGCCUCUUGUUUACGGUUUGGAAAGGAAGAAAAGGUAACCAUUGAAUACUGUUGAAAUACGUUUGUCGCGCCUGUGAAUGCAAAAGGGGGCGGAACUGCACUAAAAAUCGAAGCAGCUUUACUUUGCGUUAGAAUUAGCGGAGCUGCCCCACUUCUCCCCCCGCUAUGGUUUCUGGGGUUUGUUAUAUGUGGAGUAUAUAGUAUACUCUGUAUUAUUUUCAGUCUGUAAAACAGCCUUCUUUCAUUUCACAUGUUCAGAUAUUCUUGUGCUGUGCGACAGUUGCCCUGUGUGUAAUGGUAUGCACUGAAGAUACACAACCAACCAUGUAUGGAAAUUGUACAGCUUAUAAAUGCUCGUACACAUCAAAUGUCCGUUUGUUAUUGUAUGUGUUCAAAUACCCUUUAUCUUAGUGUUAUAUAAAAAAAACCCCACAUAAAACCGAUUAAAAUCUCAUUCUUGUG